AUCCAAUUGUGGGGUUUUUUAAUGAUGGCAUUGGUUUACUUUGCAAUUGGAAUACCCUACAUACACUAUUGGCAACAUGACAAACGUAACGUGAAUAUAGGGUUUGGGAUUCUCUACGGCUUGACCUUCUUUUUUGCCAAUUUUGGACCAAACACAACCACGUUCAUAGUUCCAGCGGAGCUGUUUCCGGCAAGAUUCAGAUCGACGUGUCACGGGAUCUCCGGAGCAAUGGGAAAAGUGGGUGCGAUUAUUGGGACUAUUGGGUUUUUAUGGGCAUCAAAGAAGCGUACGGACUCGGACUUGCCCGACCAUCCGAACUCGCACGACGAUCCCCAUCCUGUUAGGAUGACAUGGGCAUUACUGUCGUUGGGGAUCGUGUGUCUUUUGGGUGCAGCAGUGACGUAUUUCUUCGCGCGGGAAACCAGAGGUAAAUCCCUAGAGGAUAAUGAGACCGACAAUGAUAUGGACGGUGAGAUGGACAAUUAAGAUCAUGGCCAUAUGGAAUUGUGGAUUUGUGUGUCUCCAAACACGUAGGUUCUCCUUCUCUUAACAACAGUGCUGCAACUGCAUAGAUAAACACAUAAUUCAAUUUCUUGUAAAUACUACAAGUAGGUACGGGUUAUACUAAACUAAAAUGCAAGAGUUAUUUUUUUUUUCUUCUUUUAGAGGCAAGAAAGUUUGAACCUUCAAUUGUUACUCUAACUUAACUGGGUUUGUUUUUCUUGUCAAAUUGAAGUCUUUUUUUUUUUCUUUCUUUUUUGAAUUUUGUGAGUUAAUAAAAUUUGAAUCCUACA